CAAAAUCCAGUACGGAUACUGACGCGGCCCAAUCUGACAAAACCCAUGAGGCCUGACUAGUUGGGCCUGAAUCGUUCUUCCUCCUGCUUAAAACAAGGAUGACUCAAUUCUUCCUCCUUUAAAAUAGAUCUCCGCUCAGGAAUCCUGACGGAAAGAAGUGUCCCGAACAAAUGAAGCGCGGCGCGCCGCCACCUGAUCCCUCGACGGCAAUAAGAACCCACGAAGCAGCGAGAGAUGAAGGGCAAUCGACGCCAAGGCUAAGAGACUUGGACGGAGGUAGGCGAGAAAGGACGAGGGAUUUGGAGAUUGAUGGAUCUGAGAUGCCAAGUCGCUUACACUAUAGGAAAAUGUCAAGGAAAUCUUUCGAGGGAAAUGAUUCCAAUGUCAAUCGUUUGGAGCACUACAAAAAUGUUCUGACUAAAUUGUUGUUGGGGAAGGGUGACUUCUUUUGUAAAGGAGUUAGUAACGAAGCUCAAGGCACUAGUCUUCAAUCUAUAGAGGGCCAUGUUUGCAAUAGAGCCUUACCAUUAUUUGCGGAACAAAUCAGUGGCCUAUCAAAGAAUGACAAGGAGGGAAUAAAAUACACACUUCAUGAGAUUAUUACAAUCCUCAAUGAUGAUCUUGAUGAGAUUGAUCGAGAUAUUCAUGGAAUGCAAGAAUGUGGUGAAACAUGUCAAGAGGAUAUGAAGAAGUUAUCUGCUGGUUUGUUGGGAAAGCUUGGUAAAAUGGCGCAAGGUGUUGAUGACUUGCUAAAUACAGCAGCAUCCAAAUGCAGACCUAUGAGUAAGGAGGAGAAGAUUGAACUCGGGAAGCGCAUCCGAAAGCUCCCAGAGGAGGCACUUAAUCGUGUCGUGGAGAUAAUUACGGGUAGGAAAUUGGCGAGUCAGAAAUCUGAUAAAAUAACCAUGAAGUUGGGAGAACUGGAUGAUGCAACUUUAUGGAGGCUGUAUAACCAUGUGGAGUAUGUGCUAAAAGAAAACAAGAUAUGAUUCUCCAUGUAUAUGCUCCAUGUCCAUUGCAUCCAGGUUCAACUGCAUGUAUUGCUAGUUGAAUGUCCAGUGUAAGUAAGACCCACCCACAACUUGGAGAAACACCUGCAAGCUCGUUGUGAACUUGGGCACUGUGCAUCGGAAUCCCCAUUAUUUUGCCGUAUUCGUCUAGGUAGCAACAUCGGUAUGUCUUCUUGAAUAUUGGUGCUGUCAAUGAGGGAUUUAGUAUUCACUACAGCAUCUUGAAUAGUGUGUACCGGGUAAAAAAAACAUUGCCUGGAGUUGGAGGAACUUGUGUGGCAACGCCCCCAGGGCAGUGGUGGCAAUUUCUCCCCCAUGCGGCCAUGCCAGGUGUUUCAGGAAUGGGGAUUGUUGCGUCAUCCUCGCUUGAAAGGUGAAUUUCUUCCAUGAUGGCCUGGUCCAUGCUCUGGUAAAAGCCUUGACAUCUGAGAGUAUAAAAGUUAAAAAAAAAUUCUUCUGUUACUAUUACAAUACACUAGCGAACUGUGAUAGUGGAUGGUCAAUCAAUCAAAUCCUCGUCCCCCUUUGUGACAUAAAGUAAAUUUUAUCAAAGUUAUCACCAUGUUUCCCCCCUUUGCCUUUUUCAAAAGACGGUGUGUGUGCUUUGCACCGAGAUAAUGGGAUGAUCAGAGUGAGAGUAACAGGAUAUCUAA